CAAAUGUUUGGCUCCUUUCAGUUAACAAGAAACAAAAGGUUUUUCUACCCUGAAGCUGUCUUUGUUUUAUAUCAAAAUUUGCAGGAUAUGGAAACAAUUGUAAAAUGUGGAAUAUUGCAACUUAAAUACCUAUAGGAUUUAUGAGUACAGUGUUAAAUAAUACUUGGAAUUCAAUAUGUGAUUUAAAAAACAACAUCCAAAAUUCUGUAUAAAUCAGAAAUGACAUCAAGGAAUAUGCUGUCCAAUCAAAACAGACUACGCACUUCAGAGCUUUUAGAGCUGCAUGUAUUUUAUGUUCCAGAAGAAGUAUGGAAUUUCAAAUUGAAUACAGUUUCUAUAGAAGUUAUUAGCAAAUUAUUUUCAGCUGGAUUUAUAAGGGUGUCACCUCAUAUGACAUUGAAAACAUUAAGAGAAAACCUUGGAGAGUACCUAGGUGAAGAUGCAGUUAUAGAUAAGUAUGUCUUUCUAAAAUGCAUUGGAGAGAAACUUGUGGUGGUGAAAGCAAAACAAGAGAUGGAACUGGAGCUGAAAUCAUUUGCUCCUCCGUAUGCAUUUCAUCCAGAACUUUAUUUGUUACCAGGAAUAGAAAAUAUUUAUUCAUCUUUGUCACCCACUCCAGAGAAACACCAAAAUAAUCCAGAAUAUGUGCUUACAUCUGUAUCAUAUGAAAGACCGCAUAGUUUAAUUUCUCCAAAUCCUGAUAUUUAUCCAAACUCAACAAUGUUGGAUAGCUCCUUCAAAAACAAUCUCAGUCAAACUUGGGAAAAAGCUGGUCUUGGUGAGAGGAAUGAAAAGGAAAUUUUUCCAGUUCUACAUAAAAAGCAAAGCUCUGAGCAAGAAAAGAAUCAAAUUAUUCAAGGAAAAAGUAGUUCACAACAAAGGAAAGGCAAAAUCAGUUGUAACAUUGACAAAACAGAAUCUGCUCCAUCAAAACAGCAUCCUACAAAGAAAUCAGCAGCAGUGAAAAUGUAUCAGAAAAACACUGAUUCUUCACCCCCAGAAAUGCAUAAUAUUCCAGGAAAGGAUGAAAAAUACAGAAAGACAGUUGCAUCUCCAAAGAUAGAUCAGAACCAUGAAAAGGAGGAAAACAACCAGUUUCCACUAAGUCACAUUUCACAGAAGACAAAAGAAGAGGUUUCUCUCAUGUUGGACACAAAUGCAGAAAAUGGAGGGAAUUUGACAGGGAUUGGAAAUGGAAGGCAUACUACUACUGCUGAUUCUGGAAUCUCAAAAUCCUUGGAAGACCGAGACAUAACAUACUCACCCAAGAAGAGGAGCCAACAACAUCCUGGAAUGACCAAGACUGCUGCUGUGCAGAAUAAUCAGGCUGAUGGGAAUAACCUAAAUGACUCUGCAUAUCCUAGUCACUAUCUUUCCCCUCCUACUCCACCUCUUCUGGCUGUCUCAGUAAAUAGAGCUCAACUUCCUCACAAAGAUUUCCCAACAGAAG